AUGACCAAGCUCGGUCUCGAGGCCAAAGACUUGGAGCCAUGCCGGAUGAUCUUCCAUGGCAUCGUGCCUGGGCUCUCCCGCUCUCCCAUCGGCUGGAUCCAGCUUGACGUCCUGUUCGGCACCAGCGACCACUUCCGACACGAGCUGCUCUGGUUCGAGGUGGUGGACCUGUCCGGCGCGUAUCACGCGCUGCUGGGUCGGCCCGCGCUCGCCAAGUUCAUGGCGGGCCUCAUCACCAUCACCAGCGACUAUCGCAAGUCCCUGGAAUACGCCCGAGCCGACACCAAACUGGCCGAGUCGCUGGUCAUAGCUGAGGAGCGGCGCCAGCUCGACCGGAUCGUCGCGCUAGCCAACGAGACGCCGGUCGUGCUGGCUUCGGCUAAGGAGCCGGCUGACGAGGCCUUGUUCCAGCCGUCCAAGGAGACAAAGAAGGUCAAGCUGAACCCCGAAGACCCCAGCUGCAGCAAAUAA